AUGCCGGGUACGAAAGCACUGGAGGAGAAUCUGUGGAGCCGCGUGCGGCGGUACUGGGACGCGCGGCACGAGGAGUUGCGGCCGACGCGGUCGGAGACGGCGGAGCGGCCGCCGUGUUGUUCGCCGCGAUUCGAGAUCAAGCCGAUCCGCCGGUGUCUGAAAUGCGGGUUUUGUGACAAUGAGGCGCACCAUUGGGAGCGGCGUUGGAACUGCGGCUGUCUUGGCGACUGUCCACGGCACUGGCGCGGUCGGCUAGCGACGGAAGCCGCCAUUGACUCAGGGUUGCUGCACUCUGCCAGCCGCCACGGUCUCCGUUUCCGCGACGACCUCGACUCCGACGAGGACUCGCCCGCCCGUGGCCACGGCCGAAACCAUGGCCACGUGGAGACCAAACCGCACCUCUGGCGACCGCGCCCGGAAGAGCCCUCGGCCGGCGAGGAAGACCCACCGCGUCGCUCUUCCUCCUUCUCCCGUAGCAGCUGCGCCUACCUCAGCUGCCUCCCGCUCGGACUGCAGCGGGCCCUCGCCUGGGUCAUCCUGGUCGCAGCCUGCACCUGGAUGUGUGUUCGCAUCCAGUACAUCGUGCUCAAACACUUACCUUGGGACAUGGUCGUCAAGUGGGUAACCCUCGUCAUUAACCCCAUCGGCCUGCCAUGGAAACUCCUCGACCGUCUUCUCCACCCCUCAUUCCGCCUCCACCCUAGUAUCAAACUUACCGACCUACCAAAACUCAGCAUCCACCACCUCGACCUCUUCCACAAAGUACACGAUGACAGCGACACACAAUGGCACCUCUGGAAACAACUCAUGCCACUCACGCUUGCCCUCGCUCUCAUCCACACGUUUCUCACUAACUGCGUCACCUUCUUCACUCACACCCCUGGCCAACACCACCUGGGCCACCACCAUCUGGGGCACCCCGGCCACCUGAGCGACUACGUGCACACGAGUGCGGUCGAAGAUCCGAAAGAACGGCGCGCCUGGCACCGUAGCCUCUCCCCGCACUUCCGCCGCCGCGCGGCCGAGGUUACAGAACCCAGCGCGGACGUCCUCGUAGCCGUCAGUCCUCGCCCCCACUUGGGCCUCGCUCUGCGGGCACUCUUUCAGGCCCUCUUCGGAGCCGGCGUGGUCUUCAUCUGUCACGGCAUCAUCGACUCCGCCAUCGUCUGCGCUGUGCUCGCCGCCUACUUCGUCCUCUCCCGCCUCACACGCGUACGCAUCCUGCGCUGGCUCGUACCCCUUACCAGCUGGGCUCUGACCGUCGCGGUCCUUUGCUAUUGCAGCUGGUUCUCGCUCCACCUGGGUAGGUACCCUCUCAACAAACUGCUGCCCAUUCUUGUCCUCAAAUGCGUCUCCUUCAACAUGGACCACCACUGGGCAGUGAAACAGAACCGGCACCAUCACGGACUCCACGACACCGAGUAUCACGGGGAGCAUCGUGGCGAACAUCACGCCCUACAUGACAGAGAACCUCAUGGGGAACGCCACGGGGGACAUCGCUUCACUAACAGGUUCCACCGAGACCGCGGGCUAGAACCGUUGGCUGGAUGCGAGACCAGGGAGGAGUGUGGCGCGAUCUCGCCUAGUCAGCGCCAGCUGUACGACCAGUUGGCUCAGCGGCCGGCAGAGGAACGCCACUUCACGCUGGUGAACUAUCUGGCGUACACUCUCUUCGCGCCGCUAUACAUCUGCGGACCGAUCGUGAGUUUCCAAUCCUUCAUUCACCAUCUGCAAGUGCCGUACAGGCCUUCCUGGUUCCAGCAAGUGAAGAAAAUUGUGGAAGUGGCGGUGCUCUUUGCGAUCACUGAAUUCGUCUUUGCCCGGUGCAUGAUGGUAUCCAUCUUCUUCGGUGCAUACGGUACUAGUCGUGACUGCUACAAAGCAUUCAAGUUCAUGUGGGCCAUGCUCAAUCCGUUCGAGAUCAUGUUGGGAGUCUUGUCUGCACUUAUCUAUCUCUGGCUCAAAUUCAAAGUUAUCUGGGGCACAUUCCGAAUCUGGUCACUGGCCUGCGGGAUCUACACUCCGGACAACCUGCCAAAGUUCCUAUUCAACCACGUCAGCAUGCAGGACUUCUGGCGUUCCUGGCAUCUCAGCUACCAUCUCUGGCUGAGACGCUACAUUUACCAGCCCCUACGGAACAGCAAGUGGUCUCGCUGGCUAUCCACCAUCCUUGUCUACUUCUUCGUCGGCAUGUGGCACCAGGCAAACCUCAGUUAUUCCGUCUGGGCAGCGGUUGUGAGUGCAGCUGCCAUUUUGGAAUUCGCCGUCGAGAAGCUCUAUGGCAUGUCCUACAAGCAGAGACCUUUGCCUCUUCCCAGCAAACACUUUGUCACCGCUCUGAUCUUCGCAUGCGCGACCAACACACUUGUCCAGCUCUGUAUGCUAUCCAACGCUCUCGGAUACGCCAUCGGCACUCAUGGAUUCCUUAUCCUCUUCAAAGACCUCAUGCACAGACCAUUCAGAUGGGCAAGAGAUCUAACCUUGAUGUGGUGCCUCUGCUACUUCUGGGUCACUGGUAUCCUGCGAGAAGCGCAUACUAAACAGGUUUCAUUCAAAGAGGACUAG